AUGGUAGUUGCCAUGUCCGGGGGCGUCGAUUCGAGCGUAACAGCGCUGCUGCUCGCUCAAGCGGAUGCGUACGAUCUAGAGGCCGUGUUCAUGCGCAACUGGAACGAGCUCGACGAGAGCGGACGCAUGGAACCCGGGUCGGGCGGCGCAUCGGGCUGCACGUGGCAGCGCGACUGGGAAGAUGUCCAGGCCGUCUGUAGACACCUUGGCAACAUCCCCGUCAGGAUGGUCGACCUUAGCCGCGAGUACUGGACGCAGGUCUUCGAGCCGGCGCUGGACGAGUGGAGGGACGGCACAACGCCCAAUCCCGACGUCAGUUGCAACCGCGAAAUCAAGUUCGGCGCACUCAUGGACCGGAUCAUCCCCCAAGCAGGCAUGGCUUCAAGCACCCAAUCUGGCGCUUCUCCGGCUACAGCGGAGGGCGGCAAGACCUGGCUGGCAACAGGACACUAUGCGAGGGUUGGCUGGUCGCCCGAGGCAAGGCCGAUGUUGAUGCGUGCCACGGACAGGACGAAAGACCAGACCUACUACCUCUCGUCCGUGGGCGAGGCCAAGCUGCAGCAUGCGCACUUCCCACUUGCCGGUCUGCUCAAAUCGGAGGUGCGCGAGCUUGCAGCCAAGUACGAGCUGCCUACAGCCGCGCGCAAGGAGUCGAUGGGUAUUUGCUUCAUUGGCACGCGCGGAUCCGACGGCAAAGCCAUCAGCAACACUCUCGGCUUCGAGUCCUUCCUCAACGGCUACAUUGCCUCUCCUCCCGGCGAGAUGGUCGACGAGUCUGGCCGCGUCGUGGGUCAGCACCGCGGACUACACUCGCUCACCGUGGGCCAGAGGGCAAGGAUAGCGGGGGCAAGCGAGAAGUUCUACGUCGCCCGAAAGGACACGAAACACAAUCGCAUCGUCGUCGUUCAGGGCAAGAACCAUCCGAUGCUCAUGUGCACGCGCCUCAGAGUGGCACAUCUAGACUGGAUCUGGAAGGAGCCCCCACCAGAGCUACUACAGGGUGCGGCAGGAAGCGUAAGGGUGCUGGCUCAGGUGAGACACAGGCAGGCCGAAACCGAGUGCAUCGUGACCAGGCACCAGGGUGGGCAGGGAAGUGGAUAUGUGGUCGAGUUCCCGGAGCCCGUGCUGGCGGUGGCGCCAGGACAGGUGCUCGGGUUGUGGAGGGGUGAAUGGUGUCUCGGCAGCGGCAUCAUCCAGUCGGUUGAUACUUUGCACGACGACGCAGCACGACCGCGCGCAGGGUCAAUCUGA